AUGAAUGAUUUAGAACCUUUCGCACGCGCUCUUCUUGAAAAGCGACGUGGAAAUCGACAACAAAUUGAAGAAAAGCCACAAAAUUCCCCACCAAGAAGAAGAUAUGAAGUAAAAGAAACAUCAAGAAGUCAAAUUAACGAAGAUGUAGAUUAUGAUCAAGAUGCAGAUAAUCAUUAUCAAAAACAGCAUCACCACAAUAGAAAAGAUGUACGCAGGAGAAGAGAAGAUGAAAGUGAAGAUGAUUCCGAAAUUGAUCAAUAUAAACAGAUAAUUAAUGCAUUAAAAAACAAAAAUAGAUCAUUAAAAACAAAGAUAUUAUUACUUCAAAAUGAAUUGCAAGAUCUAAAACAAAGAGAAGAUGAAAAUGAUCCUUAUCUUGCUUCUGAAAAUGAAGAUUUGCGUGCUCAACUCAAACAAGAAAGAAUUAAUAACAAACUAUCUCAAGAAAGAAUACGAGUUUUAGAAAACGACAUUAAAUCAAAAGAACAAAUCAUCAAAACAAAAGAUUUGAUGAUUGUUCACCUUCAAAAUUCAUGCAAAGAGCAAGCAAAUGAAUACGCAAAGGUAGCUGAUCAGCUUAAAAAUCAUGUUUCUGGUUUCAAUGUUUCAUCAAAAUCAUUUAGCGGUGCUAUGGAUAAUACAAAUGAUUAUUCAUUCAAUGAGCCGAAGUUUAAUGACCCUGCACCAUAUCCUGUACGGAAUAACCAAGGAAAUGAUGAUUUUAAUGAUUUUGAAAAACCAUCUUUCAAUUACAACCAAGGAAAGGAUGAUUUCAUGGAUGCAUUUGAAGAACCUAAAAAGCAGGAACCGCCAGCUCCAUCAUAUGGCUUCAAUGACCGUAAUUUUGACGACAAAUUUGACAAUUUCAGUGAAAAACCAACCAAAGCACCAGAGCCAUUCGAAAGAAGGGCCCCUCCACCACAGAGAAUGGAUGUUCCAGACGGAUUCCAAGGAGGAAACUACUCAGAAGACAUGCCAGUUGGCGGCGGCGCUGCAAGAAUGGCCAUGGCACAACCUCCGCCACCACAACAAGACAGAUUCAGCAGGCAGCCUCCUCAACAAGAUAAUUUCUAUAAUGACUCGUUUGAUAGUUAUUCAAACACAAAUGCUGAAGAUAUAAGGAAGGAAAUUGAUAAAUUGUUACCUAGAAAAGCAGAACUUGAGAGAAAGUUGAACCUUGUUAUUCCUAAAGGAGGGCAAUUAAGAGAUAGAGACGCAAUCGAAGAAGAAUUUGACAAAAUCAAUAAACAGAUAUCAAGGCUUAAACUCAAGCUUAGGCAGAUGGCUCAUUAA